AUGAUUCUAAGGAUUGCUAUAUUAUUUUUGUUAUAUUUUAAUGCUACUGCAGAGAUUGUUCCUGUGGCUAAUGGUUUUACAACGCUAAAUGAUUCUUUAAAAAAAGAUACAACUGUUUUCUCAGCCCUUCAACCAGUUGUCCAGCAAAAUAGCAUAUUACCAGAACCGAGUUCUUCCUCCCCACAACAAGAAAAUUUGAGCAAUGCAUCGAUCUCUGAAAUACCUACUGUUUUUACCGCACCACGGCUUUUACUGCCUGACCCAACCACAAGCCCCCUAGUUUCGCAUGGCCCUCGGGAAAACUCACCCGAAAAUCAAACCAUUGCCGCAUCUCAUCCACCGCCUAAAAUUCCGCAGAUUACAAUUGUUCCGGAGGGCGAAUAUUUUGAUUUGUUGCUGGCCCCGGUCCCGUACCGGAUACAGCCGGCCCGAAGAAAUCCUUGCCUGUGGGGGAACAAGAUGUUUGUGGCUAUUCAUUCAGCUGCCCAAAAUUUUGGGCGUCGUAUGGCAAUCAGAGACACAUAUGCUAGUAUGGAGCUUCAGAAAAAGCUCGGUUUCUCUGUGGUAUUCGUUCUGGGGCUGCAAGACUCCGAAUUGAUCCAAAAAUGGGUGGAAACGGAGGCCGAGCAGUAUGACGAUAUUUUGCAAGCCGAGUUUGUCGAGCACUACUUCAAUAUGACGGUCAAGAAACUCUCCUGGAUGCGCUAUGCCCAAGCCAGAUGCCCACAUACCAAAUGGGUGCUCCACCUUGACGAUGACGCCGUGAUGGACGUCUAUUCGCUAUUGGGGUUUAUUGAGAAUAGGAAAAUCAAUGACCCCAGCACGAUUUUCUGCAUGGCCAUUUCCUACAACCAGACGAACGUCGUCAGGAACCCGUACAGUAAGUGGUACGUCUCCGACGAGGCCUACCCGCAGCGCUUCUACCCAAAGUACUGCGCCGGCGCCGCCUAUUUGCUGCCUCAAAAAGCGUUGGCUGCCAUGGAAGAGGCCGUGAAGCGGAUGCGAUAUAUUACCAUCGACGACGCCUUUGUGACUGGAAUUCUUCGCGAAGCCAUCGGGUUUGGCAUCCGUCAGCUGCGUCCACAAGGCAUCAUUCGAAAAGAGCUCGAUCCCCUCAUCUACCAAUUCCAAACGGGAAAUGCUGUGAUGGCUGAGUGCCCAAACGAGCAUUGUAUGAGGCAUCUGUGGGAAAUAAUCGAGAUGCUUCAUCGCACUUGGAAUCAACCGAACGUUAAUAUUACCUCGAUCGGAAUCCCAGAAUAUGUCCCGGUGCAGGUGGAGAUUAGAAUACGCUGGGGCGAAACGAUCACCUACGAAGGCGGCCCCGGCAUGGAGCAGCUCGAGUCGUACAACGCAACGCGAGAAGUGAGUCGAAUACCGCGAAGAGAGGAAAAACGAGCCGCUAGCAUCGGCUUCAUCCAAGCGACCCCGACCUUCAUCUCCGGCUUCUCUGAAGGCAAUCUGCCGACCCGGUUGGACGGAAUGAGCCCAUCUCUUCCCCCUGCCCCGAGAGCCAAUCCAAUCCCCUCCUGCACCCGCCGUCUCGGGCAAUAUUUCGUGCCCCAAUUACCGUACCCUGCAAGGCCAUGCGGAGGGUGUAAGCGGAACGGCCAUCAAAUCAAGGAAGAAGGGUCGUCUGGAGCCGGGGAGAUCCAAGGGUUAAUUAGGAGUUUA